UGCAAUGUAAUGGGGAGGCUGCCUGCUCCAAGACAUGAGUUUCUAUGCAGUCUGUCUCACACAACGAGGAAACAGUUCCGUUUCAAAAUAACCCAAAACCGUCUCUCACUCUGGAACAAGAUCAAGGGACGUCAAGAAUUUUAUCACAGCUCCAGCUAUGAGUUACUGUCCCAGUCAAAGCGGUCCUGAACAUCUCCAUGGAGUUCUUAUUCCAAAGUAUCUUCUCAGCCAGAGGAACCACAUCAGGCCCAGAGCCCCGCAGUGAUGCUGGCGAUGCAACACUACAACUCCUCGGGUCUCAUUGCCUCCUUUCCUCUCUCUAACCACACCGCCAUGGUGCAGGAGCCAGAGGUGGAGGCCGUAGCACCGAAUGCCACCCUUCCACCGAGCAACCCCACAGCUGCGGGCCUCACCAUGACUCUGGGCAUCCUGUUCAAUGUGGUGGCCCUUGUCAUUCUUGCCAAGGCGUACAACCGCUUCCGUCGCCGGUCAAAGGCCACGUUUCUGCUCUUUGCCAGCUCCCUGGUGGCUACAGAUCUGGCAGGACAUGUUAUUCCUGGAGCCCUUGUGCUGAGAAUUUACUCUGCAGGUGCUGGGAAGACUCUCGAAGCUGCCUCCAGCGCCAGAAGUGAUCCCGACGCCUCGUGUCUGUUUCUGGGGGGUUGCAUGGUGUUCUUUGGCCUGUGUCCACUUUUCCUGGGUUGUGCCAUGGCUGCCGAGCGCUGCCUCGGUGUCACUAGACCUUUGCUUCAUGCGCGUCUGGUGACCACAGCGCGGACAAAAAUCGCACUGGCCCUCAUUUGGCUGCUGGCUCUGGGUGUGGCCCUCCUGCCCUUCUUCAGCCUGGGUGCCUACACCUAUCAGUACCCAUGGACGUGGUGCUUUAUCAGAGUGAUGGAGGACACUAAAGCAACAGAUCUGGCGUUUGUGAUGCUGUUCUCCGGGCUGGCCUUGAGCUCUCUGGCCAUGGCCUUUGUGUGUAACACCAUCAGUGGGUUCACGCUGGUGAAAGCCCGGCUAAAGAAAAGGUCCUGCUCCCAGCGCCGCUCAGCCAGGUCUCAUGACACAGAGAUGGUGGUGCAGCUGGUCGGCAUCAUGGUCACCUCCUGCAUCUGCUGGAGCCCUCUGCUGAUCUUUGGAUUGAUGUCAGCAGCACGCUCGUACAGUGGCUCUCUGAGCGGUGACCGGGACACGUACAGGGGGCUAAUGGUGACAGGGGUCAGGAUGGCAACCUGUAACCAGAUCCUGGAUCCUUGGGUCUACAUCCUGCUGCGGCGUGCCAUCCUCAGGAAGAUCUACCGCAUCACGAAAAAGCAGGCCAGUUUCAAGGGAAGCACUUUCCGCUCCACCCGCUGGGAUGUCAACUCCUUUCAAAACUCAGAGAAAACCAGUGUUAAUAAUAAGGUUUAACCGAGGACAUAAAGGGGAAAUGGCAUUUGUCUCCUUUUACGGGAUGCUCCAGAAGGAUCAGAACUGAACCUGGCAGUGUUUCAUCCUGGUCAAAGUUCAGCCUCCUGCAUGAGAGGAGAUUACUUUAGAGGCGUGAUAGAGCGAGGCCACCUUUGGUUGGCACAGGAUCCAAGUUUGAAAGAUGACUGACCAGCUCAUAAUAACCUUUGAGGUUGUUGAACGAAUGAAUCAGUGAUACACUGCAAAGGGAAACAACCUUAUAAACUGUUAAAGGUGUACAUCAAAAUGCACAUGUUUGCAUGGCAGUCUGCCCUCUAUGAGAGCAGCUGUAAAUAUAAUGUUUUUUGUGUGCAGGAGAAUUACAUAAUCAGCAAAAGUGAAGACUGCAUAGUCCUAAAGCAAACAUCUCAAGUCAAACAUUUGUCCAUAAAUAUGCUGUUUGAUCAAUUAUAAAAGUCAAUGACUUGUGUAAAUGCUCACAUAAGAGAGCAAAUGAAAAAGCUGUGCUUUUACCUCAGCUUAAAGAUGUGAAAAACACUGUGUGUGUGUGUGGUGUGUGGUGUGGGUGUGUAACCAUGCGAUAUAAAUGUGAAUGUGUGUAUCUUUGUUGUGUGUCUCUGAAUGUAUCUACAGUAUUUCUCCCUGAAUGUCUGGGGACUGAAGUGAAACUAUAUGUGUUACAAAAGCUAAUUAAAAAAAGAUGAAUGUAAUAUUACAUAUUAAAUGUCUGUAUGUUACUGUUUCACCUCA